AUGUCCGCCUGUUCGCCCUUGCAAGUGUUGAAGAGACUAGCGUUUGGUCCACGAAUAACAAGAGCAUCGAUAACAUCAGGCAACCGCGCAUUCUGGCAGAAGCCACACUUCACAAAAACCAUCAAGAUGAGUUCAAUAGGCGGAGCAGGCGUUGGUGCAGGAUUCUAUGCAGUGGUCUCGAGUCCGGCACAAAUUGUCACUCAGCCAGAAGGAAUAGAAGACAAGGCACAUCAUCUGAAGGACGGGAAGGGCUUCACGAAUCCGUGGGACAGCUACGUCCCAACCAGCACUUUUCAGGUCUUCAAGACUUUGCUCUGGCGCAAGAUCACUGGACAAUCAAAAUCUCCGGAUGUUACGCCGCCUACGGUUCCCGUCCGCACUCCAGAGUUCUUUCCCACACGCGAGACGCCCAAACUACGUGCAACAUGGCUCGGCCACGCGUGCUAUCUUGUCGAAUUCCCAAGCGGUUUCCGCGUGCUGUUCGACCCUGUCUUCGAGGAUUGUUGCUCCCCAAUACAAAUGAAGUCGCUGAAACGCUUCACGCCUCCGCCGUGUGAGAUUGAAGAUAUGCCCAUCGUCGAUGCCGUAGUCAUAAGCCACAAUCACUACGAUCACCUAAGCUAUCCCACUAUUCUUCGCAUCUCCAAGAAAUUUCCAGACGCACAUUUCUUCGCACCAUUGGGCAACAAGAUAUGGUUCGAAAAGUGUGGUAUCACCAACGUAACUGAACUAGACUGGUGGGAAAGCAGAGACGUCAAACUCGAAUCGAAACCCAAUACUGAAGGGAAAGCUGUCUCAGUGACUUCGCAUGAAGAUCAACCUACCUCGACGAACUCCAUCGCAGCGACAAUAGGCGCUCUGCCCUGCCAACACAUUAGCGCCCGCACACCCUUCGAUAAAUGCAAAACCCUCUGGGCGAGCUGGAGCGUCGAAUCUGGGGGCGUAAAAGUCUGGUUUGGCGGCGACACAGGCUAUCGCACCGUCCCAUCUCUCCCCCCAUCCGCCGACGACUACUCCGAGGAAUUCUCACAUCUUCCCGUCUGCCCUGCCUUCGCGCAAAUCGGCACACACCGCGGACCUUUUGAUCUCGGGCUAAUUCCCAUUGGCGCGUAUGAACCACGAUGGAUGUGGUCACCUGUUCAUGCGGACCCGAAGGAUGCGGUGAAUAUCUUUGUGGAUACGAAGUGUAGGCACGCGUUAGGGAUGCACUGGGGUACGUGGGUGUUGACGGAGGAGGAUGUGCUUGAGCCGCCGAGGAAGUUGGGGGAGGCGUUGAGGUGGAAGGGCGUAGAUGAGGGGAGGUUUAGGGUUUGUGAUAUUGAAGAUGGAGCAUAUGCACUAAUGGGCCUUAUCAAUGUCGAAUUAAGGCCUAUCUACGGCGAAGGAGCCCAAAUGGCGUUCCGAAGGCUUCAUGAUGAAGUUCGUAGAUCCGAAAAUUGUAUACAAGAUAUACGACUCACAGGCCCGCGAGACGACGAGACGCGCAUUGAAGACACCAAGGGCGGACUACUACAAGAAUCCUAUCGCUGGAUACUAGACCACAGAAGCUUCGAACAGUGGCAACACGACCCGCUGAGUCGCCUCUGGAUCGAAGGUGAUUCUGGGGAAGGCAAAACAAUGCUGCUCUGUGGUUUAGUCAAUGAGUUGGAGAAGACGUCGCAUGGAGCUACUGUAUCGUACUUCUGUCAGGCUGCAGACUCGCACAUCAAUAGUGCUACUGCUGUGCUAAGGGGGCUAUUGCUCCUGCUGCUUUCACAACACCCAUCGCUUAUUCACCAUGCUCGAGCAAAGUACGACCAAGCAGAGAGCAAAGGUCUGUUUGAGGACCCAAAUGCAUGGGAUCUGCCAACCACCUACCUGAUCAUUGACGCCCUGGACGAGUGUACCACCGACCUACCGAAGCUUCUUGAAUUCAUUAUGAAGCAGUCCACGAAGCAUACCUGCGUGCGAUGGCUCGUAUCUAGCCGCAAUUUGCCACACAUCGAGGAGAAGCUAUAUUUUGCAGAUAGCAAAAUGAGACUGAGCCUCGAAGUGAAUGCGUUUUCAGUGGCAAAUGCUGUUGCUAUGUACAUCCAAUGGAAAAUGUCUCUCUUGGCAAAACAGAAAGGUGAAUCAGAUGACGACGAACUGUGCAAGUUGGUCUUAGCAACAGUCACGCUUGCUUACCGGCCACUCGCGCUAGAAGAAGUGGUGGCACUGAACAAGCAGCUACAAGACAUCGGUGAUGAUACGGACCUAGUGCAACAGCUCAUUAGCCGAUGUGGCUCCCUCCUUACGAUACAAUCGGGUCUGUUUUACUUCGUUCAUCAAUCAGCUAAAGAUUUCAUCCUUGCCGAAGGUGUUCAAGAAGUGUUCCCUAGUGGAAAAGAUCAUGUUCACCGCAUAUUUCUGACACGUUCGAUUGAGACCAUGUCAAAAGACCUACUUCGAGACAUCUACAGCUUGGCUGAUUUGGGCUGUGGUAUCGAAGAAGUGACGAAGCCCGACACAGAUCCUUUAGUUGCAUCGCGCUACUCAUGCGUCUACUGGGUAGACCAUUUAUGUAACUCGAAUCUUGAAACAUUAGACAAGGACUCUGUCGAUGCGUUUUUGAGAAACAAAUACGUCUUCUGGUUAGAAGCCCUCAGCCUGGAGGUAUCCAUGAUCAAGGGUGUAAUCUCAAUGGCAAAGUUACACUCUUUGUUCCAGCUUAUUAUCUGCUAUCAUGAGGGCACAGUCAAAAUCUGGAACCUCAGCAGCCACAUGUGCACGAAGACACUCAGGGUUAGAGACGGUAACCCAUAUCGUGUGGCCUUAUCACAAGAAUCAAAUCAGCUUGCAUGCGUAUUUCUCGCACAAAUGUCUCCGAUACGGCUUGAAAAGAAAGCGAGUGUUGUUACUACAUGGGAUAUGCGCAGAGAUGUACGUUUACAAACACAUUCCACCCAAGGAGAUCUCUGGAACUUGUUUUACGAUACCAUGGGUACACACCUACAGACCGAAUACGGUCCCAUUGGCGCGACACCAGAACCCUUGCUCAUGGAUAUCAGCCAUGACGGAAAUUGGAUCACAUAUUCUGGAAAGAACGUUCUUCGAAUCCCGGUGGAGCACCGCGCCCAUAGAUACCUAUUCCCUACCACUACGUGCAAGCCUAUUUGUGGAACUAAGUUGGCUAUCUUGACCCAAGCGGGACAUGUGUGGUUAUGUGUCUACACUGGGCGGAGAAAGGAGUAA